UACACACUGACGCUCUCACCGUUGUCGUGGUCUAUACUGUAGUUAGUAAGCCUCAAGUUCGAAGUUUCACAAAGUUUAAGUUGAAGAACACUAGUGAUAGAAGGAGAAUUCAUGCUAUUCCCGGGGAAGCUAUGCAAGAUGGCGUUGAUUCUUAUACGAACUGGGAAGAGAUAGGGAAGGGGGCGUUUGGUAAGGUGUAUUCAGUCAAGAAGGAUGGCUACUUGUACGCUAUCAAGCGACUACAUCUGAGCCACAUGCAAGCCUUGGACAUGUACCGAGAUGAGAUUCGGCCACUUGUAGAUCUGACCAAGCACAAGCAUGACCACAUUCUGAUGUAUAUUGACGAUUUCUUCUACCAAGACAGCAAAAUACCGGCGAACAAAGGGAAACCAACAAACAGCGAUCGCAGUUUGUGGCUGGUGAUGGACUUCUGUCCACUUGGGACGAUGAACAACUUCCUACUGCGGCCUGAGAACAUCAGCCACACAGUGCUCUUUAUGAAGCAAGUUGCCGACGCUGUAGAUUUCCUGCAUGGCCAUGAGAUUGUGCACGGGGACCUGAAGCCCGACAACGUCCUGGUCUCUGGUACUGUACAGGACCCGGUCGCUAAAGUGGCUGACUUUGGACUGUCAAAGGCCUGCAGAAAUGCUAUCACUGACAAUGGCCACUCCAUGCAGCGACUGAACUGGUACGGAGCGCCGGAGGUUUUUAAACGUUUCAACAGUCUCUACACCAAGGAAAGUGACGUCUACUCCAUGGGCGCCAUGUUUGCUGCCAUGCUCGACCGUACGACAGUCAGGGGCGAUGAUGGUAAGCUCCUUCUAGCCGUCUACAUGGUGCACCCACAGAGUAUGACGGAGCCCGUCUGCUUCCUAAAGCCUGUAGGAAUGGUACAGACAGUGUCUGGCACGGUGCAACCAACAUACACAGUGCAACCAAUGGGCAAGGUCCCAGUCGGUCGUGUGCAGCAUCAAAUCCCGAACACUAACCUGUCAGGUUGCAUCAUGAUGCAGCAACCAAACGACUGUCUCAAACAACUCAUUCUGGAAAUGAUGGCCUAUAGUGCUCCCAACAGACCUACAGCACAGCAAGUUAAAUGGGCAUUGAAUAUCACACAUGACUGAGACAAGCGUAAGAAAGUAUUGUUUAAAGUUUAUGAGAAAUGAAUGAAAAUCAAGUUUCUCGACAUAAUUAAAUCACUAUCUUCCCAACCUUUA